AACCGUUAGAGAGCCGUUGGUGAGCGCGCGGUGUGAGAUGCCCGCCGGGAUGUUCAGCAUCGACAGCAUCCUGUCCGCUCGGCCGAGCUGCAAGGAGCCGCUGCUGCUGCACCGGAGCGGCCCGGUGGUUCUGCCUGCCGGCCUCACGGACUCUCUGUACGCCGACAACAGCGGACUUUACUCCUCCACGUGCGGCCCCUCCGCCGCCGGGGUCCAGCCUCUGGGCGGCACCGCCAUCGAAUAUAACGGCUACUACUACGGCCAACUGCACGUGCAGCGGGCGGUCGGGGGGGCAGUUCCCCACGGACCCACGCGUGACUGUUCCUCCGCCCCGGCAGGCUACGACGGUCCGGGCUCGGUGCUGAUCUCUCCGGUUCCGCAUCAGAUGGUGUCCUACAUGAACAUGGGCGGCCUGUCGCACACCGAGUUGCAGCUGCUCAACCAGCUGCACUGCCGCCGGAAGCGGAGGCACCGGACCAUCUUCACGGACGAGCAGCUGGAGGCGCUGGAAGGCCUCUUCCAAGAGACCAAGUACCUGGACGUGGGCACGCAGGAGCAGCUGGCUCGCAAGGUGCACCUCCGCGAGGAGAAGGUGCAGGAGGAGAAGGAGUGUGUGGCGCAGCUCUAUGUUGGGAUGAAAGCCGGUUGGCUGCGUCCAGUUGUUGGGUCAAAGUAUCCCCUCAAAAUGGCCACCAAGGCCCAUGAAGACAUCAUAAAGUGUCCUGGAGCUGCUGGGAAGAUGGUCCUAUGUGAUGACCAACUAAGUCACAGUUCACCAAGUAUGCAUCUGUCAGUUUUUGUAGCUGCUGACAGGAGCAAUUGCGGAGAUCUGUGGUUCUGGAUGUCAUGGCUGGGGAACAUGUACGUUCCUCCAUUCUCUCACCCAGUGCUUGUCUUCUUCUCUGCUUUGUGCUCCUUCUUCUGUUGA